UUUUAAACAGAAAAUCGCCCAAUCAGAAGUUGGCAGAGUGGUUUCAUCCAAAAGGAUUUUUCACGACUUUCAAGAGCGAAUGAUACACUGGAUGGAUCAAAACUACAGUCGAAUACUUGAUCUGUUUCGAAGGUUUGACUCAGACAACAGCGGCACAAUUUCAUACGACGAGUUUGCGGCUGGUAUGAAAGAUCUAGGUGCUCCUGCCACUCAAGUAGAAAUCUAUAUUAUGGCCACGUCCUUGGACUCAGACGGCGACAAAGAGAUCGAUUAUCGCGAGUUCAAGAAGAUGCGACGGCGGAUUAAAGCGAGCGCACCGAUCGAGAAGGCCGCUGAAUUAGAAGAAUACGAAGAACCGACGGCUCAGUUACAGUCAUGCCCCAAGUGCAACGUGGGAUUAUGGGAACCUGUGGUCGAGGACGUUACUGGGUACGUUGUGCUGGAUUUGCACAGUGUUUCCUUGCAAGAUGUCACCUCAAUUCCGGGAUAUAUUAGUGCUCAGGUCCCUUCCAACAUUUCUAUUUAUGGCAUAACGCUGAUCGUCAAGCGCGAACUGGGACCGUGCACUUUAAAUAUCAGAAUAUUUCAGUCAAACGAAAAUGGAGAAAAACAGGAAAUGGAGAGUAGCAAGAAACUUAAAGAUUUCGGAUUUCUAGGAACUUUGCCACCAGACGAACCACGCCAACUUACGCUGUACUACGAUUAUGACUAUCCGUUCCUGGACUGCCCGCUACUUAUGGCAAACUUUUCCAUCUAACGCGAUUGCAAAAUGCCGAAUUUAUACGCGAAUGUUUUUCUUUACAUGUAUUAAAAUCUGGUUGGCCAGAUUUGGAACAAGGAGACAUUACAAUGAUAAACUACCAGGAAUGGCGAGGGAGGACUGAAUCGAGUAGACACACCGUGUCUCGUCCCAAUUCCUUCUCGCUCGGAGUGGAUUGUAUGGUGUACGGUUAAGUAACGUGUACCAGACGAAGAAGAUAACGGCGACCGGCGUUCAACUUAUAGCGUUGUGUUUGAAUCUCAACUCAAUUUACCAUUGGUUGUCGAAAGCCAUCCGGGAUUGUAUUUGCAACGCUCUGUGAUUAGACCAGAAAACUCAC